UUAACUUUUAACAAUCUCUAACUCAUCGCGCUAUAUAAGAACAAAACUAAACAAACCCUAAAAACUCGCACCCACAAAAAAAAAGAACCAUCUUCGUCUUCGGUUCUUGAACAUAUGGCGAGUAGCAGUGGAAACGUCAAGGUAGAGAUCCAUGGCGAAGACAAGACGGCGAACAAGUGGAGCGUGGCUCUUGGAGAAGAAGUUUUCUGGCGAUUUUUGAGCGGCGGAGGAGGAGGAGCCGCCGUUGCUUGGAAGGUAUUUGGGGAAGGAUCUCUAUUCAGCCCUUUCCUUUUUGGGAAAUAUUUCGAUCCGUCGGAUGCGUUUCCGUUGUGGGAGUUCGAAUCGGAGGUGCUUUUGUCCCAUCUCCGUAGCUCCGGACAGUGUAAAGUCAAUUGGUUUCAGACAGAUCACGCUUAUGUUCUUAAAGCUGAACUUCCUGGAAAUGAGAAGAACAACGUGAGAGUGUAUGUGGACAAAGGGAAAGUGGUGGAAAUAAGCGGACAAUGGAAGCAGCAGACGCAAGGGGAGAUGAAUAACAAAAAGACUACAGGAACAAAGGAUUGGAGAAGCGGACAGUGGUGGGAGUGCGGAUACGUCCGCCGCCUCGAACUUCCCGGCGACGGCGACACUUCCGCCGCCGAUGCCUUUGUUUCCUCCGACGACGUCUUUGAGAUUCGCAUCCCCAAGGACACCACCCACGACGCCACUUGUAAGCGCUCCGAAUCCUUGCCACGAUGAUUAUAUGUUUUUUUUUAAAAAAAAAAUAUGUAAUGAUUACAGCAAUAUCUCGAUUCAAUGUGUGAUUGUGUGAUUAGCGAUUUAGGAGCAACGAGAAGUGAAUAUUUCUAAACUAUUA